AUGUUCAGGAAAAUAUUAUUCAGAUUUAGCACAUACAAUUUCAUUAAUGUUACUCAAAAGGGAAAGGUUGCCUUGAUCUAAUUCAACAGACCAAAAGCUAUGAAUGCCCUUUGCGAUGGAUUAAUCAAAGAAUUAAACCAAGUAACUUAGGAAAUUGACUCUAAUCCUGAAUAUGGAUCAAUAGUUAUCACAGGAAAUGAAAAGGCAUUUGCAGCAGGAGCUGACAUUAAAGAAAUGUAAGACAAAUCUUUCCCCUAAGUUCAAAACAUUUAAAUGCUUGCAUCCUGGGAAAACUUGACCAAUAUUAAGAAACCUAUUCUUGCUGCAGUUAAUGGAUAUGCCUUAGGUGGAGGAUUUGAAUUGGCUAUGAUGUGUGAUAUUAUUUAUGCAGGAGAGAAUGCUAAAUUUGGAUUACCUGAAGCUACACUUGGAACAAUUCCAGGAUGUGGAGGAACUCAAAGAUUAAUUAGAGCAGUAGGAAAGUCAAAAGCCAUGGAAAUAACACUAACUGGAGAAUUCAUAGAUGCACAAACUGCACUAUCUUAUGGAUUAGUCAGCAAAGUCUUACCAGUAGCAAACUUAGUUGAGGAGACUUUAAAAGUGGCUGAGAAAAUAGCUUCAUUUAGCAAACCUGUUGCUGCAUUGAUUAAGGACACCAUAAAUGAAGCAGAAAAUAUUGGAUUGAGAGAAGGAGUGAAAUAUGAAAGAAAGGCAUUCUAUUCAACAUUUGCAACCUAAGACAGAAAGGAGGGAAUGAGUGCAUUUGUAGAAAAGAGAAAACCUUCUUGGACUGAUAAUUGAGUAUUAUGAAAAUAUAUUAUAUAAUUAAAU